UCCAGCUCUCACUGAGUCUUCCUAUUGGUGAAGUACUCUCUGUGUUGUCGUGAUCACUCCCCUGGCCCCCAGCAUCCACUGUCAUCAUGGGAGGGGUAGUCCAAAUGCACUUCACCACAGUGGACUACGUCAUCUUUGCCCUACUUUUAGUAGCCUCAACUGGCAUUGGACUCUUCCAUGCUUUCUCCGGUGGACACCAACGCACAACGCAGGAGUUCCUGAUGGCUGAUCGCUCCAUGAGCUGCCUGCCUGUGUCUUUGUCCCUGCUGGCCACUUUCCAGUCGGCUGUGGCCAUCCUUGGUGCUCCAUCUGAGGUGUACACCUUUGGGACUCAGUACUGGUUCCUAGGCUGCUCCUACUUCUUAGGCCUGCUCAUCCCGGCUCAUGUUUUCAUACCAGUUUUCUAUAGACUUCGUCUGUCCAGCGCUUAUGAGUAUCUGGAGCUGCGCUUUAACAAGACGGUUCGCAUAUGUGGGACUGUGACCUUCAUCUUUCAGAUGGUCAUUUAUAUGGGGGUUGUACUGUAUGCCCCGGCAUUGGCACUCAAUGCAGUGACAGGCAUUGACCUAUGGGGGGCAGUACUGGCCAUGGGCUUGGUGUGCACUCUUUAUACUGCUCUGGGCGGUCUGAAGGCUGUAAUCUGGACCGAUGUGUUCCAGACAGUGGUCAUGUUUGCAGGCCAGCUUGCGGUCAUCGUUGUGGGGGCCAAUCAGGCGGGGGGCAUAGCAGAGGUGUGGAGGAAAGCGACCAAUGGCAGUCGCAUUGCUGGUCUGGAGUGAGUAGUCUGUG